GUUAUAAAUUAUAAUAUUAAUAAGACUGUGAUUGAGUGAAGGACAAAUAGGUUCAUAUGAUUUAAAAUUUAUAAUAAUAUCGGUACUACUGGAGAAGAUUAUAGUGGAAAAUAGGCCCUACAUUAACAUAUUCGUGUGGACAAGUCCAAACUUAUUUCUUUUUUGUCCUAACAAGUCCAAACUUUGUUUAUUUUGUUGCUAACUUAAAUAUGUUUCUGUUUCUCUUCUAGACUUUACAGUGUUCUUCUUGUUCCUUUUGCCAAUGCAUCACACACUUUUCUCAUGAUUUUUUUUUUCUUCUACAAGAUUUUGGAGUACUUUACAUGCUUUUCACCUGUUAAUUUGAGUUGAGUGAAUUUGGCUCUCCAAAGAUGGCUGAGAAAGAGAGUUUGUUUUCAGCAGGUGAUUGGAUGAGAAUACCAAUUAACACUUUCUUCAAGGAUGUUAGAUUAGUAUUUAAAUUAGACAGUCUUGGUCGCGAAAUAUUGUCAAUUGCAUUACCUGCUGCAAUGGCUUUGACAGCUGACCCUAUUGCUUCAUUGGUUGACACUGCAUUCAUUGGCCAAUUAGGUCCGGUGGAGCUUGCUGCUGUAGGAGUUUCCAUAGCUCUCUUCAAUCAAGCAUCAAGGAUAGCAAUAUUCCCACUCGUCAGUGUCACAACUUCUUUUGUGGCAGAGGAAGAUACCCUCAGCGGAGCAAGCUCGCAGGUAGAAGAGAAUGGAUGCUUGGAAGCUGCAACACCUCCGGAUGCUGAAACCAAAGAGUUUUUACCGCAGAAAAAUUUGGUUGCUGAAAGCUUUGAUAUAGUUAAGGAUGUUGAACAAAAGAGAAGGUAUCUUCCUUCAGCUUCGUCGGCGUUAUUUUUCGGAGGUAUCCUUGGCCUCAUCCAGGCAAUAUUACUUAUUUCUGCAGCAAAACCUUUAUUGAACUUCAUGGGAGUAACUUCUGAUUCUCCUAUGUUACAUCCUGCACAGCAAUACCUGAAAUUGAGGUCUCUUGGUGCUCCUGCAGUUCUUCUUUCGUUAGCGAUGCAGGGAGUUUUUCGAGGAUUUAAAGACACCACAACUCCUUUAUAUGCUACUGUGGCAGGAGAUGCGACCAACAUAGCACUUGAUCCUCUAUUCAUCUUUGUUUUCCGCAUGGGUGUCAACGGUGCAGCCAUUGCCCAUGUUAUAUCUCAGUAUUUAAUUUCAGCUAUACUCUUGUGGAGUUUGAUGAAACAAGUUGAUCUUAUACCUCCAAGCAUCAAGCAUCUUCAAUUUGACCGAUUUCUCAAAAAUGGUUUUCUAUUAUUAAUGAGAGUCAUUGCUGUAACUUUCUGUGUGACACUGGCUGCAUCAUUAGCUGCGCGUCACGGAUCAACAUCCAUGGCUGCAUUUCAAGUCUGUCUGCAGGUUUGGUUGGCAGUGUCUCUUCUUGCUGAUGGUCUGGCUGUUGCCGGUCAGGCGAUUCUUGCAGGUGCAUUUGCUAACAAGGACUACGAAAAGGCCACAGCGACUGCAUCCCGAGUAUUGCAGAUGGGUGUGGUUCUAGGAAUGGCACUUGCAUUCAUUCUUGGAACAGGAUUGCACUUCGGAGCUAAACUAUUUACAAAAGAUGUCGAUGUUAUCCACCUCAUUAGAGUUGGCAUCCCGUUUGUUGCACUCACUCAACCCCUAAACUGUUUGGCAUUUGUAUUUGAUGGUGUCAACUUUGGGGCAUCAGAUUUUGCAUAUUCAGCUUUUUCCAUGGUUAUAGUGGCAAUUAUUAGCAUAAUUUGUCUACUUAUUUUAUCAUCUGCUGGUGGAUUCAUUGGAAUUUGGAUUGCUUUGACCAUUUAUAUGAGUCUAAGAGCAUUUGCUGGCUUCUUGAGGAUUGGAACUGGAUCAGGACCAUGGGAAUUUCUUAGGAGUUAACUUCACUAAGAAUGCAACAUAAUCAUGGCUUAUUAUAUUUGGCCACAAUCACAAUUUCAUUGUGGUUCACAUUAUUAUUAAAGGGAUAAAAAAUUUCCCUAGUUUUUUUUAGUCUUUUGGAUUGUAAAUCCUUUGAAAAGAAUAGGCAUUGUGCUUGCUUGUUGAAGCAUUGGUUCAAAAUCUACCUUUGCUUUAGAAGAUGUAUAGAAUAAACCUCCUAGUAUAUAUAUAUCUCAUACUCUUAAGAAAAUGACAUGAAAUUUAGGAUCAACUUCUGUUUGUAACCAUGCAACAAAUUGGAGUUUUUUCUACUAUAAGAAUGAAUGAAAUGAAAAAGAGAAAGAUUAAAAAACUUGAGUUCAAUGG